AUGGAAGAAAACAAACCGGGAGACGCACGACCAGACACCGGAAGGGAAUCACAUCCGGAUACACAUCAACUUACAAAUGGAGAGAACAAAGACUCAAAAGGAUCAGGUGCUAAUGAAGGGAAAGAGGUAUCUGCUAGUGCAUCUCAGAGUUCACCUGAGACAUCUUCCAACACUUCACCCUCACAGGAAGCAACUGUUCAUCAAACUACACAGGAAUCCAAAGAUACUCCCAAUAAACAAGGUCCUGCAGCUACUAGUGGUGAACAUUCUAAUGAACCUUCUGGCGCCGCACCUGCUUCUCCCAAUACAUCCUCUACACCUGGUGAUGGCAGCAGUAGUGCACCUGCACGUAACGGUCAACUAGACGAUGCAGCACCACAACCUUCUUCUCCUUCUCCAACCAAUUCAGACACAGAGAGCACCAGUGGAUCUGAAGCUGCGAAUACUGAGAAUGGCAGUACGUCUGCAGGGACUGAGGCAACAAGUAACCAAAAUGAUGGAGGAAAUGCAGAAACCACCACCACAACAACAACCACAACAACAACACUUCCUCCUGAACUCACAAACAACAAGAAGGGUGAUACAGACAGCAGCAGUAUCAGCAGUUCUGUGUGGGUACGUGUACCACUACUGAUUGUGGUUACACUGGCCUGUAUUCUUGUUGUAUGCUGA